AUGUCGACCUUCAAUGGCCUCGUCUCCGAGUUUCCAGACAUAAGAAUCGAUUUCUUCAGACACCACGUUGAUGCAUCACCACCAUUGGCGUGCUUUCUCAGCCAUGUCCACAGCGAUCAUCUUUCCGGGCUCGAAAGUCUCCGAUCUCCCUUUGUCUACUGCUCUGCAGCGACCAGGGAGAUCUUACUGCGGCUGGAGCGAUACCCCUGUCGCAUCAACUAUGCCAGGGGCAUUCUGGAGGCGCGGCAGCAGACUUACAAGCAUCUAAGCAAGGUUAUUGGCCAUGGUAAAGCGAUACUUUAUACUGGGGACGUGAGAUGCGAGCCGUGGUUCGUCAACGCCAUCACCAGAAGCCCUGCUCUUAUCGAGUAUACGUGCGGCAUCAAAACUAUAGACACCAUAUAUCUCGACACUUCUUUUGUAGACGACAUUCCGUUCGAGACCAAAGCAGAAGGAAUCGCACAGCUACUACACAAGGUUGCCAGAUAUCCAAAAGAUACAAUCUUUUACAUCCAAGCCUGGACUUAUGGCUACGAAGACCCAAUAAAGAUUCACGUCGACGACUACAAACUCCGUAUUUACAAUUCCUUGAACACUUCAUCAUCAGAGACACGGCCUAGCUCGAGUGCUCAAUUAACUUCAACCGCUGCUGCCUUGACCGGCUUCAUGUGUGGAAAUACGCCCCAGUCCGGCUGCCUUACCUCGGAUCAAAAUGUCCGCCUUCACAGCUGUGAGAGCGGCAACAUGUGUCCGAUUGCGAGACGAUCUUCUGUGGUCCGAAUUCAGCCUGUUGUCGCAUCAUUUUCCGAUGGCGCUGUUAUCCAAGAGGCUGGAAUAGGAGGAGGUGGCGAAGACUUGGAGCGCGAGAUGGAGCUUGGGGUUCCCAACCAGGGCGAUCUCGAAAUCUUUCUUAAAAUAAUAGAGGCGUUGAAGAGCACGACGGAAGAAGAGCGAGAUGAAUGCGCUCGUGCUCUGACAAACGCACUAGCCAGUGGACGCGAUCUGCAGCUCAACAUGAGUCUAUCAUCUGCUGAAGACGCUCAUUCGACCGACUUACAAAGAGCCAUGUUUUCUAUCAUCAACAGUCAGUUGAUGGCAAUCCCCAGCCGUACUAAGGUCGAACAGUGCAGCGAAACAAAUCUCCCAAACGUUAUCCGAUUUCCAUAUUCCCGGCAUUCGUCCUAUGCUGAGCUUUGCAAUCUAGUGAGUGCAUUCAAGCCAAGGGAUAUUUGGCCUUGCACAUUCCAUCUAGAGACUUGGCAAAAUAAUGCCAUGUCCAUCGAGUCACUUUUUGGGAAAUAUUGCAGUGACAACAUUUUCGCACACGACAUAAGAAUCAACAAUAUUGUGAAAGAAAUGAAACGGCGUGCUCACGAAGAGCCAAACUCUCAGGGUUUAGAAAGCUGCAGAUCGAAUUCGGCUUCACCUACGGCCCAAGUGUCGCCGAAUGCCCCCCAUCAUGGCGGACUUAGGGACACCGUUAUCAUCACCGAACGUGAAGGCCCGGUAAAGAAAGAAUGCCAUGGACCACGAGAGUUGAUAACAAAAGGAGCAUCUACACAAAAGUCAAUUGAACUCUUGACUUCUGAAGAUGACGAUGUCGCAGGUGAAAACGAAUCGCAAGAGAGCAACGCAUCCUUCACCUCGGUACUUUCCACACGUCAUUCUCCAGUGAGAUGUGAUGCAUACGAUCGGAUGCUCCAAAAUUACCACGGCAUUGGCUGGAAUUCAAUCGAACUUAUAUCCGUCGGCUGCAACCACAGCGUUGAAGAAACAGAGCUCUAG